AUGAAGUGUACACCUGUAAGAGUGGGUCUUUUCACAGAGGAGGAAGCACUAACUCUAUUUCUUACCAAGGCUGUUGGACAUGACACGGUGCUUACUCCAGAACUGGGGGAAAUUGCAGCUAAAAUUGCCAAAGAAUGUCCUUAUCUGCCACUUGCAAUUGUUACAUUAGCUGGAAGUUUGCGGGGAUUGGAAGGAACCCGUGAGUGGAGAAAUGCACUAAAUGAAUCGAUCAGCGUGACGAAAGACACCUGUGAUGUUCUGAUAGAUUAUUGGAUUGCGGAGGAAUUAAUCGCUGAUAUGGACAGUGUAGAAGCACAGUUGGACAAGGUUCACGCUGUAUUGGGAAAACGAACAAGUAGUUGCUUAUUGGAGAGCGUUCCCGACAUACACGGGAUGAUGGGAUACAUUAGGGUGCAUGAUUUGAUCAGAGAUAUGGCUAUCAGAAUAACAGCAAAUAGUCCUCGAUUCAUGGAUCUUGAGAGGAUUUCCUUCAUGGAUAGCUUGAUAAGUGAACUUCCAAUUACACCACCUAUCUGCCCUCAGCUUACCACCUUACUUUUGAAUUGCCGCUAUAGGUCAAUGUUUGAAGUGAUUCCGAAUUCUUUCUUCACAAAUAUGCCUUGUCUUGAGGUAUUGGAUUUGUCCUGGAGCAAUAUAACGUUGUUGCCAGAGUCCAUCUCCAACUUGGAGAAUUUGCAUGUAUUAAUACUGGAUAAAUGUAAGGAAUUAAAGUAUGCGAUAUCUCAGCAGUUCCAAGGGUUGCAGAAGUACUGUCAUAUAGUGGGACAACGUCUUUUGUUCAAAAGAGAUCUUGGAAAAGAGUUCUGUAUUAGUUUCAAAUCUAUACAUUUUGGAAGUGGAGUAGAUCAGCCAGUGCUGCCCGCAGACAUAAAGUCCUUUGGGCUUGAUGGAUUCCACGAUCCCAUUAGCUUAUCAGCUAUUCCAUGGUUCAAAGAUGCCAACGUUUUACGUAAAUGUGUAGUCAAAUGUUGUAACGGGUUAGAAUCCAUCUUUUCGUCAUCUACCUUUACAGAAGAUGGCCAGAUCUCUCUAGGAACUGUCGAGUCAUUUGAUUUGAAAGAGUUACCCAAAUUUAGGGCACUCUUUGAGGGGAUUGCCCAACCACACAGCAUUUACUUCAACCUAAAAGAGUUGUCCUUUAGUGGAUGUAACGCUUUGAAGAAUAUUCUUCCUAUCCAAUUAUUGCAAAACUUCCCAAACCUAGAGAGUCUUGGGGUGGAGAGGUGUGAGAAUGUGGAGGAUAUAAUAGUCGAAAGAGCAGAGACGAGUGAUCGGAGCAAUCAUCAAGAUUAUAGCAACUCAAUCAGUCUCCUAAAACUCGAGUGCUUAACUCUAGUUAACCUACCAAGACUGAACUAUAAUGGCGUGAUGGUGUGUCCAUCUAUAGCAGAAGUUGAGGUUUACAUUUGCCCGAUGGUAAGGAGAUUGCCUCUUUUGCUGCAUAUGGAUGGCGAGCACGCAACAACACCAUGCGGCCUCAUCCAUAUUACUGCACAAAAAGAAUGGUGGGAGUCAUUGGAAUGGGAUGAUCCCGUCACCAAAACCCUUCUUCAGCCUUAUGUAGAUAAAUAUCAUAUCAUUAUGUAG